ACAAACUUAUGCGAGACGGGCUAAAACGAGGGCCAGCCGAAACAAUUGCGGGCUUAGUGGGUAAAAUCAAAGGCGAACCAGGAGGAUUGGAUAUCCACAAGGAGUCUACAAUAGAAACACGUCAAUAUAGACCUGAUCUUUCAUACUUGGUAUUGGAUGCCUGCCUUGUGAGAGGAGGGGAAAAGGGUCCUGAUAAUGAUGAUGAUCCAGAAGAAGAACUAGUUUCAAAAUUAACAUGGACAUAUGGAAAUUGCCCAUAUAUAUUUGGGUAUUAUGCAAAAUCUGCUACA